AUGGACUGCACUGCCGCUCACUCCCUGCCUAAUGAUCUAGAUGAAGAUCAAUAUAUCCAGCAGCUUCUAAACGAAGCACAGGCUCGACUUCGGUCGUCGUCUUCGGCUGACAAUUCCCUGGUCUCGAUCACAGAGACAGGCGUGUCCGCCCAGGAUAUACCCAAGAUACCUAAACUCUCAGCUAGUGCUGCUCUUAAACCUUUCAUCCAGCAGAGUGACGAGGUUGCCACUAUAAACAACUUACAGACCGUCUCGCCCUCCGUCCUUGAUAGUACCACCAACCCAGUGCCUCGUGCAGCCAAGUCUUCGGGCAAAGAAAAGGCAGAGGACAAUGCUGGCAGCGAUUGGUUCAACAUGCCAAAGACCAGAUUGACUGCAGAGUUGAAGAGGGACUUGCAACUUCUACGAAUGCGUAAUGUUCUCGAUCCGCAUAGACACUACAAAAAGGAGAGUGGCAAUGGCAUACCCGAGUAUUCUCAGGUUGGCACAAUUGUUGAAGGUCCAACUGAGUUCUUCAAGUCUCGUAUUGUGAAGAAGGAUCGCAAGCAGACUUUUGUCGAGGAGGUACUCGCUGGAGAACAGCAGUCGGGCCGUUUCAAGGCCAAGUACAACCAAAUCCAGGUCGCCAAGACCAGUGGAAAGAAGGCACACUACAACCGUCUACGGGCAAAAAGACGUCGUUGA